AUGCAUUGCAAUAUCUUUCUUUUGGCUGUCAGCCUCAUCGCUGACGCCGCUUUUGCUAGUCCAUGCAAGCCGCAGGGCACAACUACUGUAGCGACAACAUCAGACUUGACUAGCACUGUUGAAUCGUCUAUCACCACAUUCGUGGAAGGUUCAACCACUGUCGCCGCUUCGGAGACAACAGAAGCUUCUAGCACUACGGAAGCAUCUGUUACAACGACCCUAGAGUCUUCAACUGCCGCCGCUACUUCUUCAGAUGCGACAACAGUGACAUCCGAGGCUGAGACAACCACUACCGCCGCCAGCACCAGUACCGCACCAGCCGCCAACCCAACAUACUCCCUCCUCGCAAGCGGCGGAAACCUCAACAAUGCCCAGCCCCAAGGAAAUAUCGAAAUGACAUCUGUUCUCGUCUUCAACCCAUCCAACCCCCAAACCGGCGGAAUCCGAACCUUCAAUAUCGAGCCCUCUACCGGACGUCUCCAAGAUGCCAACGGAGGAACCUACGUGUGCGCCUACUUCGGAUCUUCGCCUAAUACGUCGACUCCACCUACAAUCGCAUAUUGUAAUCCCACCAACACGGGUACUAACAAGGCGUACGAUUACUUGACCUGCGAGGUUGUUGGUGGGACGCUUUCAUGCACCGCGCCUCAGACUAUAUGUCAGGAGGAUGAGGAUAUUGGGCUAUCCUGUCUUACUCCACAGGAUGAUGUGUAUGAUCAGUUUUUCACUCAGCAACGUGUCACUGGUAUGGGAACGACCGAUUUCUGGUAUAUCAGCACCGGAAGUCCUAGUGGCUUUAACCCCAUUUCUAUUACUGCUACUCAGGCGUAG